AUGGUCCGAGCGCGUGACCUGACGAGACUUGACUGGAGGAGACCUGCUGUCGUACCCGUUCGGAAUCUGCAGCCCUGUAGGGCUUUGAGUGGCGACAGCGCCGCCGCCCCUCUCCCGCUCUUUUCAACUUCCAGUCAACAUGGAAACCAGAUAUUGGCUCUGAAGCACGCGGAAGCCUGUGAAUCUCCGGCAGGAAGUUCCUAUGCCCUGUCCUGUCCAGUCAUGAUGCCUUAUAAGCAGAACAAGCAGCAUUGCAAACCUGAAGAGGGCUCUCCCAUCCAAGAAGAGGCACUAGGUUCACAACCUGGGCUGAUCCCCAGGGCUGAGGAAGCCACUACCUCAGCCUCCUCUUCUGCCACCACCUCUAUUGCUCUGAUCCACACCACCUCAAGGGAAGAACCAGCUGCAGUGGAGGAAAAUGUCCCUAUUGAUCCUCAGGGAGCAUCUGUUCCUCCUGUGGCCUUGGUUCCCACUUCUCCGAGUCAGAUAGAUCAGGGCUCCAGCCAAGGGCAACGAGAUCAGGGCUCCUACCAAGGAGAGGAAGAUCCUGGUUCUGGCCAAGGGCAGCAAGAUCAGGGCUUGAGUCAAGUUGAGCAAGAUCACAGCUCCAGCCAAGCUGAGCAAAAUCCAGUCUCUUUCCAAAGGGAGCAAGAUCAGGGUUCCUACCCACAGGAGCAAGAUCAGGGCUCCUGCCCACAGGAGCAAGAUCAGGGCUCCGGCCAAGUUGAGCAAAGUCCAGUCUCUUGCCAAAGGGAGCAAGAUCAGGGUUCCCGCCCACAGGAGCAAGAACAGGGCUCCCGUCAAGAGGAGCCAGAUCGAGUUCCCCCUCUCAGUCCUAUUGAUUAUGUGUCCAUAUUGCGGAAUGCACAAUCCCUGGUGCCUUUCUUGGUCCUUAAGUAUAGAUUGAGAGAGUCAACAACCAAGGCAGAAAUGUUAAAUAUGAUUGUAAGUCACAGGGAGCACUUUUUUGAAAUCUUUUCUAGGGCAUCUGAGUAUAUGCAGCUGGUCUUUGGUAUUGAAGUGGUUGAAAUUGACCCCUCUGACCACUGCUAUUUCCUUACUCCUGCAGCAGGGCUAACUUACGAUGGGAUGUUGCAUGAUGUUGUAGGCAUGCCCAAGACAGGCCUCCUGUUAAUCAUUCUGGGUAUAAUUUUCAUGGAAAACAACUGUGCCUCUGAACGGGCAGUCUGGGAUACGCUGAGUGUAAUGGGGGUAUAUCCUGAGAUAGAGCAUUAUAUCUAUGGACAACCUAGGAAGCUGGUCAUUGAAAAUUUUGUGCAGGAGCAAUACCUGGAGUACCAGAGGGUACCCAACACUGAUCCUGUCUGCUAUCAGUUUGUAUGGGGCCCAAGAGCCCAUGCUGAAACCACUAAGAUGAGAGUCCUGAAACACUGGGUAAAGUUUAGUGGGAAUGAUCUCACUGCCUAUCCAAACCUCUGUGAACAGGCUUUGGGAGACGAACGAAAUGCCCGAGCAUGA